AUGGAAUUGACUUCAUCCACAUACACUACUCUAGCAGGCAAUCUUGCGUUGGUCAGUUUCACAGUAGCUGAGAUAUUUACCACUGUCUUCGCCUAUUUGGCUCGUGAUUGGCUCAAGUUAAAAUGGUUCAAUAGUGGCUUCUGUGCUCUUACUCUUUUUUAUCUGUACUUUGUUCCUGAAUCACCUUAUUGGUUGUUUAAUCAAAAGAAGUUCAGUCAGCUCGAGACUUGUUUACGUAAGAUUGCUACAACCAACGGUCGUGCAGACAUAGAAUGGUUUCCUAGCUUCGAAGAAUUAAUCAAAAGUUUACCAGUAACACAAGAAAAUGCCAAACAUGUCACAAAAAAAACAAGAACCAACCGACGCAUUUUAGUGCGACUAAGCACCAGUGGCUGCAUCGGAUUUAUCACCAUGCUAUUAUAUAUUAAAAUAUCUUAUGGACUUGCUGCAAUGGAUAGCACUCUGAAUCCUUACUGGAAUAUUAUCUUAGGAGCUGUCGUUGAAGCCAUCGGUUACGUAUCUGCAAGUAUUCUAAUGAUCACUCGUUUAGGCAGAAAAUUUUCUCUGCUAUUCUAUGCAUUAUUGACAUCUCUUUGUGUUAUUGUCAUUCCAUUUGUUAAGCAAACCCAUCCACUUGUGACUGUUAUUGUUUCACAAAUAGGUAAAUUGACUAUUAGCGGAGCGGUAUCUGUAUCAUGGAUCUAUGUUCCAGAACUUUUUCCAACAUCGAUGCGUGGCUUCGCCAAUGCAGUUUUGGUAGUUUUUGGUCGUUUUGGUGCUAUAUUAGCACCAAUCAUUGAUGCCGCUCUGGGUGAUCGAUAUAUUCAAAUAACAUUUUAUGUCUAUGGUGCACUGGCUCUGGCUAUAGUUGGACUACUCUUUAUACUUCCAGAAACGCGCAAUCGAUCAUUUGAUAGUCACCACGAAGAUCAUGAUAAUUCGAUAGCAUCGAACACCUAUACCAACGAAAUUAUCAUUGAAAACUCGACAGACGAUGCUCCGACUCAUUAUAAGGCUAUUUGA